AAAAACCCUAGACGCAUCCGCAAGCUGCGACUCACUCGCCCUCGUCCGCAGCGCCCACGAAACGCGCCGCCGCCGCCGUGACAUCGCAGCGGCGUCGGCGUCGUCUCGGCCGCUCCCCGCCGUAGGGCCAUUUUCGCUCGAGCUGCCGGAGACCAUGUCGAGCGGUCUAGACAUGUCCCUGGACGACCUCAUCAAGCAGUCUAAGUCCCGACCCAAGGCCAACCCCGCGUCCUCGUCGGGGCCUGCCCGCCGCGCGCACCCCGCUCGCGCCGCGCCCUACCCACCGGUCGCUCCCAAGGCCCGUGCCACCGCCGACUCGCCUUACGGGGUCUACUCCGAGCAGAUCGCCGCUAUAGCCGCGGCCGCGCCGCUGCCGGCCAAAGCAAGGUCGCUCGAGACGGGAAUGAAGCUGCACAUCUCCAAUCUUGACUCCGGCGUCACGGUCGAAGAUGUCCAGGAACUCUUCUCAGAAGUUGGGGAGCUCAAGCGUUAUUCAAUGAACUAUGACAAGGAUGGGAGAUCCAAGGGGACUGCGGAAGUUGUUUUUGCAAGGAAAGUGGAUGCUUUGGAUGCUAUCAAGAGAUACAAUGGUGUUCUACUUGAUGGGAAGCCAAUGAAUUUAGAGCUCAUUGGAAACAAUGUCGAACCACCUCCCUUGCCACCAUUAAUACACAAUCGUCCUUUGCAGAACUAUAACGAUAUCCACAGCAGUGUGCUUCAAUCCCAAAGAAAUGGUCAGCGAAGAGCACCUCAAGUCAACGGUCGGGGUGGACGCAGUAGUCAAACCAGCGGUGGCCGCGGACAGGGGAGAGGCCGAGGGCAGGACCGGAACCGCACGCCCAUUUCUGCUUCAGAUCUUGACGCCGAACUCGACAAGUACCAUGCAGCGGCAGCGAAGGAGGAAUGAGGCUCUGGCGUUCUCUUCUACUAAUCUAUUUACACAGGUGGAAAGGCGUUCUCUUCUGGGGGCGUUCAGAAGCAUGAAGUUUACUAUCUUAGCCCUAGUGUUCUACGCUAGAAUUCUUUUCGACCAGGAUUCUGUUUUGUGUGUAGGAUGAACUUGUGGUUCUACUUUGCAGGAUCUUAUUUGCUGCUUUGUG